AUGCAUCGCACGUAUUCUAUGAGACAAUCGCGGGCUCCUACUGCCUCGCAGCUUCAGAAUCCUCCUCCACCACCUUCGAGCACCAAGACGGGGAGACUCUUUGGGAAGGGUGGUUUCGGCCAUGCUCUCCGUCACCGAACCGCCGGCCAGUUCGGCCCAGAUCUCGCAAAGAAGCUCUCCCAGCUCGUGAAGAUGGAGAAGAACGUUAUGCGAAGCAUGGAGCUGGUUGGCCGUGAGCGCAUGGAAGUUGCUCAACAACUCUCCCUCUGGGGAGAAGCAUGUGAUGAUGACGUCUCGGAUGUUACGGACAAGCUUGGUGUCCUACUCUACGAGGUCGGUGAGCUCGAGGAUCAGUACGUCGACCGUUACGACCAAUACCGUGUCACAAUCAAGAGCAUCCGAAACAUCGAGGCUUCGGUCCAGCCCAGCAGAGACCGAAAGCAAAAGAUUACCGACCAGAUUGCUCAGCUCAAGUACAAGGAGCCCAACUCUCCCAAGAUCGUCGUUCUCGAACAGGAGCUUGUCCGUGCUGAGGCCGAAUCUCUUGUCGCCGAGGCCCAACUCUCCAACAUUACCCGCGAGAAGCUCAAGGCCGCCUACACCUACCAAUUCGAUGCUCUCCGCGAACACUGCGAGAAGCUCGCUAUCAUUGCUGGCUACGGUAAGCACCUCUUGGAUCUUAUCGAUGACACCCCUGUCACCCCCGGCGAGACCCGCGCUGCAUACGACGGAUACGAGGCUUCCAAGGCCAUCAUUCAAGACUGCGAGGACGCUCUCACCAACUGGGUCACUGCCAACGCUGCCGUGUCCUCUAAGCUCUCUACCCGCUCUCGCACCCUCUCUCAACGCCGUCGUGCAAACAUCCCCCGUACCAUUGACGGACAUGACUUGACCGCCCAAGAUGCCCCACUGAAUGACCGCGAGUCAGGUCUCUGGAUCCCGGCUAGCGCUCACAAGGCCGAUGGCUAUGAAGAAGAAGAGGAAGAAGAGGAAGAGGCCGCCGCCCCAUCCAUCCAAGAGCACACUGUGGAGGGCGAGUCGCGAGGCCGACAGGAGGCUGUGGCCGCUGCUUAA